AUGGCCUUCUGGGUGGACUGGGAAUUAUGGGAGAAGCUCAGCGUGGUACUGGCGAUGCUGAUUGCCCUAGUAUUUGUUUACUCCUUUGGUGUCUUGGCUUACAACCGGUGGAUAAUCCGCAAGUACGCUGCAGAGGAGGCACACGCGAGAGAGCAAGAGGCCGAGCUGUAUCCAAUGCUGCACAGAGACGACGUUCCCUUCGGUGCUCGGGCGUUGGAGAGUGGGAUCGCAAUCGAAGGAAUCUGGGUUUCGAAUCCCAACACACCAUCCCGCAGUCCCUGCCAGUCCACAACCCCAGUUGGAAGCCGGCCGGCCAGUCCAGCGCUGAAACUAUCAUCCAAAGCAUUCGAAAGUCCCAAGUCGUCAUUGGGAUCCGAGUGUACUCUCAUAAGCCCGAGACCUGUCCCUCCAGCUGGUCGAUAUGGAGUCCUCUCGCAGCUAGACUUAGCCUCUGCCGGAUUUUCCUAUGAAUCCAGGCAACAUGCGUUUUCAAGCCGAGCAAGCUUGCCGAUCAAUCCUAAUGCCCUCCGCAUGUCGCCUGCACAGGAGGAGAAGCUGGUUAGCGUAAAAGACACAACGCGCAGCCAGAGGCGUGCCAGUUUCCAUACUCGGAUCUUCAGCUCAAGCCGCCAUUCCGAGGUCAAAGAUCACAGCGUGGGUUCUGAUGGUACAGAUGAAAUGGGCCAUGCUUUAACAGAGAAUAAUCGGGUAUCUCGGUUUACCCGAACCCUUCGCCGGCGAUCAUCAGAAGAGUUCCGACGCAAGAUGAGCCGGAUCUUCAACGAGAACAUCCAGAUGGGCGAGCCGGCCGACCAUCUUGAAUUCAACCCAGCUCUGGGGGAGUACCAGAAACGGAAUUUGCGAAAGUCGCUGCUUCGUCCUUUCCGUCCGUGGAUGAGCUCCGCUGGGAAUGAGGCGCAUUGA